AUUGGAACCGGAAGGGGAGGAGGCUAUCAAUUGUCAAGAUGAUGCUCUCGCUCAGACAAAUCUUACGUUCCCCAGUCCCUCCACCUACAUCAGCUCUAGCAAUUUUCAGGUUUAACUCCACUGGUCCAGAGCAGGCCCCCAAGAAAACAAAAUUUGGACCUUUGCAUGAUGACGAUCGAAUCUUCACAAAUUUGUAUGGGCGUCAUGACUGGAGACUGAAGGGUGCCCAGAGCCGUGGAGACUGGUACAAAACCAAGGAGAUUCUCUUGAAGGGAGUGGACUGGAUUCUUGGAGAAAUAAAGGGUUCAGGUCUACGUGGAAGGGGUGGAGCUGGAUUCCCAACGGGCCUCAAGUGGAGUUUUAUGAAUAAGCCUUCUGAUGGCAGGCCCAAGUAUCUUGUGGUAAAUGCAGAUGAAGGGGAACCUGGCACCUGUAAGGACAGAGAGAUCAUGAGGCAUGACCCUCAUAAACUGGUGGAAGGUUGUCUGGUAGCUGGGCGUGCUAUGGGAGCACGAGCAGCAUAUAUCUACAUUAGGGGUGAAUUCUACAACGAGGCUUCUAAUUUACAGGUAGCUGUGCAAGAAGCGUAUGCCUCUGGGCUGAUUGGAACUAAUGCUUGUGGCUCGGGAUACGACUUUGAUGUCUUUGUGGUAAGAGGAGCUGGUGCGUACAUCUGUGGGGAAGAGACUGCUCUGAUCGAGAGUAUCGAAGGAAAGCAGGGAAAACCCCGUCUGAAACCUCCUUUUCCAGCUGAUGUUGGUGUGUUUGGCUGUCCAACAACAGUUGCUAAUGUGGAAACUGUUGCUGUGGCUCCUACCAUUUGCCGGCGUGGUGGAAGCUGGUUUGCUAGCUUUGGUCGUGAAAGGAAUUCUGGAACUAAACUAUUCAACAUAUCUGGUCACGUAAACAAUCCCUGUACUGUCGAGGAGGAGAUGUCUAUCCCUCUGAAAGAGCUGAUUGAGAGGCAUGCAGGUGGAGUCAUAGGGGGAUGGGAUAACCUGCUUGCGAUAAUCCCAGGAGGCUCAUCCACACCCCUCAUCCCAAAAUCUGUAUGUGAGACUGUUCUUAUGGACUUUGAUGCUCUUGUUCAAGCUCAGACUGGUCUUGGGACAGCAGCCAUUAUUGUAAUGAAUAAAUCGACCGACAUUGUCCGUGCCAUUGCUCGUCUUAUAGAAUUCUACAAGCAUGAGAGCUGUGGGCAGUGUACACCAUGCAGGGAAGGUGUUGACUGGAUGAACAAAAUAAUUUGGCGUAUGUGUCGUGGGGAUGCCCGUGUGGAUGAGAUUGAUAUGCUGUGGGAGAUAAGCAAACAGAUUGAAGGACACACUAUCUGUGCUUUGGGCGAUGGAGCAGCAUGGCCUGUGCAGGGUUUGAUUCGUCACUUCCGCCCAGAGUUGGAGGAACGGAUGAGACAAUUCAAUGCGGCUAAGAGGGAGCAGGCCAGCAGCUGAGAAUAUACACGAUAAUGCUCUUACAAUUGACGUUAUUUAUAAGAAUACAUAACGCAUGACUACCGUGUAGCAUCUUGUGUGUUAAUAAACCAGAAAUUUGCUUUAA